GAGGUCAAACUGAAAUAUCUCAGUCUCAAAGUGGGCGUAAGCGUAAAAUUUCAGGACCUUCCUCUUAUCCAGGUAUACAAUUAUGUAAACAUAAUAUUAAUUUUGACAAUUCUGUUUUCUCCUGCUUCUGUCUUGUAGUGCAUGAGCGAAGAGUGGGGUGUUUUUUCAAGUUACAGACUGGAGUUACCUAUUCCUACACUGAGGAGGAUUUACCGUUUAAUUUUAAGCAGUGAAAAAAUUGAUUUGAGUGAUUGAAACUAACCUACUGUUAUGUUACCCGAAUCAGUGCAGCGUUUAAUGGGUGUUUUUAUGACAAGAAAAUAAAAUAUUGCAAGAAGUAUACGUACCUUCCCCGUGUUGCUAUCUUUUAUUUUCAGACAUUGUUACCAGGCACUGUUACCAGAACCUGAGUGAUGAACAGGAAGAAAUAAUCCAUGAAACUCUAAUAAGACAGAUACAAGUUUACACUAAAUAUCGUAGGGUUUCAACAGCCGAUGGAGUGUCUGCUCUGAUAGAACAUAUACAGGAUGCGUACAACUUGGCCUUGAAAUCUGUAGGCGUCGGAUCUCUCGAAAUAACGUUCCGGUGCCCCUCCCUGGAGAGUCUUGAAAGUUUGUAGAGUGAUUAUCAGUCUGGUCACCUUAAUAAUAUUGCUGAGAGAUACCUUGUGACGGAUGACGUAAAGAAGAAGCUGAACUUGGAGAAUGUCAGGUUGAAGACAACUAUUGAAGAAGAAAACUACCGGAUUUGUAAGGAGAUUCUAAUGGAAAAAUCGUGUAAGCCUGAAAGCUCUUUAUAAGAAAUUGACUGCAAUUUAAGUCAAACAAUUGAAAGCUGAAAUCAGUGACCUGAAAGUACAAUUUGCUCACAGAAGGCCACAAUUUACAGGUUACCUUUUCUACUUAAAAACCCUGAUAGAAAAUGCUGUUUUUUUGUUAUGACCUUUGAUGCAUUUCUACAGCAGCUAUCUUAGAUCAAAAGAGACAGAGUUCAAUUAUUGCAAUGAGGGGAGAUGUCUUAAAUAUGAGAACAAUAGAAAAUCUCCCAAGCUUGUUAUUUCUUUUCUGAAAUUAUCUGCAAUGAAUUGACAGUGAAUGAGAAAUAAUUUGACGUACGAUAAAAAUUCACUGCAAAGAAACAUUAAUAAUGUUUUGUUUUCAAUGUAUAAUUGCUGUCGGCCGAAUUCUUUGGAUUCUCAUAAUUAUUUCCUUUCAAACACAGCCUUCAAUAUUUUAAAAUCAGGUCAGCGAGUGAAACAGGUGAAUGCUUGUACAUUUACACUAGAUAUGUUAUUUAACGGUGAUUUCUUUCUUUUAGCCGAAUCAGAUCAAGAGACAGCUUUACUAUCGAUUGACAAAAGCUCGGAUAAAUGUGAGGUAGGCCGCUUUGUACUUACAUGUAGGAUUAAAACUGGAAACAGCAGUAGUGUGCUACAGUGAAACCUGUAUUAAGCGGACACCCUCGGGGAAUGCUGUAGUGUCCGCUUAAUACAGGGUGUCCGCCUAAUACAGGUUUCGAUAGAUAACGUCAUAUGAGGUGUCAAAUGCCAUUUAAAUGAUCAGUGGAAAGGUCAAGAAUACUCCCUGAGAUUUAGAAGAUAUACGUUUGCAUUAAUUUCUUAAUCAAAGUGGACCAGUUGAUCAUAAUACCAUAAACAUAGAUUGCAACUCAAAUUUGAGGAAAUCAGAUGAGUGAAACAAGCUCUAUACAAACAAAAUGAAAUAUAAAACAAUACUGUACUGUGAAACUAAUCAAAUAUGUUCGUCAAGUCACAAUUUUUAAUGUAAAAAUAGAAAAAUGUGUGGGUGGCAGUUCGAGGCAAUCUUCGCAUUUCCGGUGUCUAGCAUGUUGGGUGGUGGCAUUUGAUUACAAGUGUCCGUUUAAUACAGGUUGGCAACAAUAGAGUUGACCAUUUCAGGUACUUUGUAGGUGUCCGCGUCCGCUUAAUAGAGGUGUCCGCUUAAUAAAGGUUUCAUUUAAAGCAAAUAAGAGAAAUAAAUUUUGGGACUUCGGCUACUGUCCGCUUAAUAGAGGGUGUCUGCUUAAUACGGUGUCGGCUUAAUGCAGGUUUCACUGUAUGCUGUUUUAAUGCCUUGUUGGUUCGUUCCCUUUGCGUUCCGUGUGCUUUUCCUUUUAUUAAUAUGCACAAGAGUCCAGUCCAUGACGUCAUCCACUGUUAUAACCUAGGAAAAAAGUGCGUUCCUCCAUACUUAAAAAUUAUAAGUGCCUUCCUCCAUAUCUAAUGAUCGUCUCUCUUAUACAAUAGGAACAAUAGACACGCCUAGACUUGCCCGGUCUCUUUUAAACCUGAUUGGUUGAUGUAGAAUCUAUUUUGUGUUCGAAAUAAGGCGCGCUCUCCGUUCAGUAUUUUAUUCUUGCAAGUUCAGUCUGCUAGAAAAAAAGUCUUACUAUCACCAGAAUUUUUUAAACAUGCAAGUCGAAUCGAGCGCUACACCUUUGUUGACGAUUAAUGAAGGAGAAAAAGUCCAGCGUCAAAGGAUAGCCAGAUCAGACGUGUGUUCCACCUUACUUAUACGGCUUUGAUUGACAAACUCAUUCAACAAGUUAUGCUGAAUCGCUGCCACGGCUGCUCGAAAAGACAGCAAAAAACGCCAUUUUAAGCGCUUUGUUUCCUGUACGUGCCUGCGAAACUCUUCGAGUUAUCCCUUGCAACAACUGCUUAGUUUUUUAACAAUAAAGUACAGCUGUACACGAGACAUCUUUAUCCUGUGAGUAUACUUCUUUACGCGGCGUUAGUCAAUAAAUUAUACGAGUUAACAAGCCCACAUUUCAAUAGCAAUUGGCUCUACAGUGAAAGCCCCUUGACUUACUAUUAGAAAAACACAAAAAAAUAAAAAAAUAUAUAGGAAUGAUCAAUUGAAACACACGACUAGUAAACGCUCUCAAUAAAACCAGACACGAGAUACCGUUUUUAAUGGAACAGUGGAGAGAGACUAGUUGAAAACAAGUGCCAUAAAAAAGAGUGAUAGUCUGGAUCCAAAGUUUUUUAUCCAACCAACAUGGAUUUCAUUAUCCGGCAUAGCUCCCCGACUCCAUAAUUUUAUUCAAUUGGAUCCAACGUUUUAUUCCUGGGAUCCAAAGUUCUUGCUAUGGAUCCAAAGUUAAUAGCCCGGAUCCAAUUUCUUUACUCAGAUUCGAAGGUUAUUACCGUGGAAGUUGUCACUGCGUAUCCAAAGUUAUUUUUGCGGAUCAAAAGUUAUUACUCCAGAUCCAAACUUAUUAUUCAGGAUCCAAAGUUAUUACGCCGGAUCCAAGGUUUUUACUUCAGAUCCAAUCCAAUUUAAAAUCUCGAUAGCGGUAUUUGAAGACCUGAUAUCCAGUUCGCCUUUUAACAUGGCGGGUGCUCAAGGUGAGAGGUAGAAGAGGUACCUUUUUCCUUCCUUUUCAUCCCUUAAUCUCUUUCACCACCCGUAUCUCGGAUUCUAAAUGGGUCAAACCCAUAUUUUCUAAAUUUAGAAUUACGGGUGAUAGCCAGGUAAGAUGAUCAUCCGUGCCAGCUAACAUGACAAAGGCUCCUAUUAUCCUUAUUCUGACCAAUCAUCGUUUAGAUUAGAAUGAGGCGAAAGACGAUCAUCAUGGCGGAGUGAGUUGUUCUAUGAUUGACCGACUUUCACCUGCGUGCCACCUUGUAGUUUACUCCCUUACGAGGAACUUGCAGUAACAAAAAAGAUUUACUCAUUUCCCUUCUUUUUCUUCUUUCUUAUCUUAUCCAAGUUUCCGUCGUAGUUGCAUGAAAAUUGUUCAAUUACGUGACAGUACGAACUUGUUUUGAUUUUAUUUUGGCACGCCAUUCUACGCAAUUCUUGCAGUAUUAUGAAACGCAUUAAGCGCGGAUCAUUUAAAGCGACAUUUAUUGAUCGAAGAGGGUCGAGAAGACAGGAUAUUUCUCUGUCCUUGAACCAGGCAAAAAAUGAGGAAGCGAUCAACAGCCUCAGUGCAGGUGCCUCGAUGGAACCUUCUUGCAGCGCCUCAUUAACGGUGAAUGAGUGUACUGUAGCUGUGCCAGAUUUGGAUGGACCUGACGAUUUUCAGCGUCACUCUGUGACCGCUCAUGAAAAUCGCCGCAUUCAGGAGCAACUGAAAUGGGAGGAAUUGCGUGAUAGACUUGUUUCCGUAACGUUCGAGGACUCAUUUCUUCCAAAGACAGCCUGCGUUUGGUGUCAGACAUCUGCUGCUGCAGUGAGAUGCAGAUAUUGCGGCCCCAAAACUCUGUUAUGUUUGGAGUGCGCGAAAAAGCUUCACGUGAAUAUCAACAAUUACCAUGUUUUGGAGUUGUGGAAGGUACAGUUGUUGAACUUAACACCAGUGGUUUGUUAGUGAGCACAUAAUUAUGCCAUGUGGAAGCUAUAUAUUGCUCAGUUUUGAUUUCGAUAUAGAUUUCAGUCGGUCCUGGUACAGAAAAAUUUCUUCACCAAAAUUGUGGAGUUUUAAUUAUUCCUGGUGACUGUGCACCCAAAGGAGGGUUUAUUUCAUGAAAGGAGGAUAAGCUUUCUGUAGUCUUGACUUUCCAAAAAGAAAGGAGUUUGGCUUUUUAAAGAACGUAAAUUAGAGUAACUCUAUAUACUUUUUUGCAUUUCAUGAACAGGAUGGAAUAUUUGUGCCAAUUUUCCCAAAUCAUGGCAUUUUGAACCAAGGUCACCAGUGUGCCUCUGGGGAAAUUCACAUCAUUAACUGCAUAGAUGAAUUUGGUAUGUCAUGGUUAAACAUGUGAAUAUUUUACUCUUUGCUAUUGAGACAUUUGAGAGAUGUUAUUUUGCACACGCGUUGGUUCAUUUAUUCACAUACUUCAUACUGUGUUUUCUGUACUUCCUGUAUUGUUCACAGGGACAUAAUUUUAAAUGAAAAACCUCUCAGAGAAAUUUUUCGAUGCAAUAAUAUUAUUACUUAAAGGGAAGGGUUCAUUGUUCUGUGCAUGCUCUUGAAUCAAAAUGCUGUUUUUCUGUCCGUACAUGCUGUAGCAUGUCUGCCAGCAAUAUUAUGUCAUAAUAAAGUUGUCAAAGAACCUAUCGGAACUGUGGGUGGAUUGCUUGGGUGUGAAAUUUUCUUGUUAAAGUUUCACAUGUAAUGCAAGCAUGUGCAAAUAGCUGUAAAUUUAUCAACUAUGGAAUAAAACCUUUGGAUGUAAAGUAAAUUCAAUGUUGGUGGUGCUGGUACAAUCCACUAACAUUUCCUGCAAAUUUACCGUAGCUCUCUGCAUUCUACUUGGGUUUACUAUAGUAUGUGAUCGCUGAUAUACAUCUCAGUGGGAUUGUUAACUGAUACAAUCAUAAUAAUGCAGAAAAAAAGUAAUUUGUUCAAUGCACAUGUGCCAAGCUGUGAACCUGUCCCUUUAAUGGUAAGUUACAGUUAUGAGGAAGGUGCACUAUGUUGGGAGUCUCUUGUGCCACCUCAACCACUGUGUUUAGGUAUAUGUUGUAGUUUCGAAAAAAAAUUUUUAUCAUGCAAGUUGUUUAUUGCAAUGAUUAGAAAACAUGAGGUGAGAUAGAGGUAACCCAGUAUUAGACCAUAUAAAUGAGUAGUAAUCAUGAUAAUGAGAUAUGUUAGUACCAUUAGCUAUUAUGUGGGUAUUGUUGCUAAAUGUGCUGUACUGUCCAGAGUGGUUAUGUCAGUUGUAGACUGAGUAAAGCUCAUUACAAAGAGGGAAGCAAGUGCAAAUGUUGACUUGUAGGGAUAGUUAUUCGAGCUACUAACUGUCUUAUUACUGCUGGCCACUACUUGUUAUAAGAUUCUAUUUCAUUCUUUCCUUUUUUCGGGUCAUAAUUUUUCCUUAAUGACCCUAGUGUGCAAUGGUCUAUCUAUCACCUUUUUACUCUGUUCUAUUUUUUAUUAGACAUUUCAUUGUUCAUCAUUUGGUUAAACCCACAAAGAUAAAACUGAAGUAACACAGAAAUUUAUGUACAAAUUACUAUUUACGUGUUACAUGGGGCCAUAACUUUCACAAUGUUUUCUACUCUGAAUUUUCCUUGUACGAAAUAGAACACCAAAACUGGGCUUUGUACCAAUAAAUAUAGAAGUCUAAGUUUCCUCUAAUUUUUACCCAAGUGUAAAAGUUAAUUGUGGGGAACAAUAAUUGUAUAUUUAAAUAUGACCUUCUCACAAGUCAAACUUUAAUUUUCACUGAUAGGCAACCAUCAUUCGAAGAGAAUUUUGUUCUGUCAGUGUGAGCCUCCCAUUGUUACCUUAGUGCGACUGCACCUAUGGCCUGGUUCACCAGACAGGCCAACUACUGCCUUCCAUUUUAGGCUGAUGGACAUGGCUAAUGACAUGUUCCUUCAUUGCAAGGUGCCUCUCAAGGACUUUACAGAUGUCCUUGAAGCAAAAAUGCCACCUCUACAUCCCAGAAUUGUAAGAGCAUUAUUGAUUACUGUAUAACAGUAUGUUUUGUCUUUUGUCAAGGUAAAUACCCCAAAUCCUCUAUUAAGCCCCCCGCCAGUGGGAGGGGUUAUUGGAGAGGGGGCCUCAAUAGAGGAUUUACGGUAUUACAUGAAUGAAUACCUUUGUAUAUGCACAUGUUUGUGUCAUAGUAAAGCAGGAAACCUAGAUUGUCAAUUAUUUUACCUCCUAUGUAACUCUGCAGUAUUAUACAUGUUCUCAGACAUCCUUUCAUUAGUGGUCAUCCACACUGAUGAAAGGACAAAAAUUUAAAAACCUCCAAAUUUUUGCAAAUAAGAAAAACCAAACUGGAAAAGGUAUUCAUUACUUUUGUCACAACACAAUUUUUUAACUUAUUAAUUACUUACUAACACACUUACAGUACACACAGUCAGAAGUGUAUUGUAUGCUCUUUCGAAAUUGCACAUCAUGAAACUCCAACAAGAAUGCUGUGGCUAGGCUGGUCACAGGAUCACCUAGUUUUUUCUAUACUACACCCUUCCUUUAUCACCUUUAAUCAUUGCAUGUUUACCUAUCCUAUAAGUCACUGUAUCAAGUUUAAGAUACUUCUUUUGACAUUUAAAUGCCGAUGUCAGUCCCUAAUUUUUAAAUUAACUUAAUAAUUAUUAAAAGGACCAGGGUGGUGUAGGUAAUUUAGGUUUUAUUUAAGAUGAAAUGAGUGUUAUGCAGUGCUCAUACCACCCAGUAAUCAGUCCUGCCCUACACUGUAUGCAUUGCUAGUAGCAUCUCCUUUUCAUGCAUCAAGAACAGAAGAAUCCUUUUGUCUCUAACAACAAUAAAACUAUGAAAGCCUUUUAGAAAGUGGACAUUUUUAUGCAUAUGUUGUUACUUCAAAAGUAAGUGAAACAGCUAACAAAAAAAGUUCAGAUCCAUAUUUGUCUACUAAAUGAAAAGUCACAAGCAAGAAAUCAGUAACUUUUGAGCACUUCCAAAUUGACUGAAAAGUAGAGAGUACAAUGCUGCACCAACAUCUACAUUUUUUUUAUUAGAUUUUGGCAAUUAACUGUGAAGCACAAAUGAAUAUGUUUAUGUACAGUAGAUACAUUGUAUUAAUUGCCCUAAAUGCACAUUAAUAUAUUAUUAUUAAUAGUGUCAUUGAUUUUUUUUUUGUAGGUUUACUCUGUCUACUCCAUUUUAAAUUCUGGCUGUUUUGAAGAGUACAGGUACAGUGUAACUGUGACAAACAGAAUCUAUCUUUAUGUAGAUAUUAUAUUUUAUAUUUAUUUUAGAGGUUUUAACUUGUCUUUCAGGUAUUAUAAGUAUCAGCUAAAUCACUUACAUAAAAUAUGCCCUGGAAUAGACGAUGGCUCAAAGUGCCCAAUAUGUCCAAAGGUAAAUGCUAGAUUAACAAUCUGAGUAAUUUGUGAUAAAGAUGCAUGUAUCAUGAACAUGGAUGGUUUUGUCACAAAAUUCAGUUUCCAGUUUAUGCACAUAAUGUCAUUCAUAUGAAGUGAACACUGUAUCAUGCUGUCAGCUCAGCUUUGCUUUAGGACUUUUCCAGCCUGUGUGUCUUGCUGAUACUCACUCAUACCUGCUACAGUGUAUACUUUAUUGUAAACUCUGCUUUCACAUCUCCUUUUUUUUAAGGAUGAUGGAGUACUCAUAGAGUGUAUGGAUGCUUGUUUUGGACUCUCUCGGAAGAAGUCCCAAGGUAGCGGUCUUUCUGCUCCAAAGCACAAGGACCUAUUCUUUGGGGAUCAAGAUGAUGUGGACAACUUUGUUGAUCAUUACAAGGAGAUGAGUGUAUCCGAGCAUGUAUGUCCUUGGGUGAUGUUUACUUAUGUGUAAAUCUUGUUAUGAUGUACACUGUUCUUUUUUUGCUUUGGGUCCCAGUUAGCUAGAAUAGAAAAAUUAAAUGUAUAGCAGUUAUUGUGAUUUGCCUUCAAAGUGCCACGCAUGUGUGAGAUACAUUGUAACAAUGAUGCCACCCAGUUACCCAAAAUUCUUUGUGUUCUGUAUAUGUAGCUCCAUCAGCAGCAUUAAUUAAUAAUAUUCAACAUCUGAAUCAGUUUGUGAUAUUUAGUCAGUUUUUCUUGGCAGUAGCCAAAAUGUUAUGUUCCAAAUUGUGGAAUGCCUCACCCUCAGUAGUUAAAAAUAUUAAAGCUUGCUAUAUGUUGAACUGGCAGGUUUUUAUUCCUUAAUGUUGUUUAACUUUUUGAAGCACUUUGGAAUUUGCUUUGGUUGGUGCACUACUAAGACAGCUGUUUUUUACCAGUUUCAUAGUUUAAAAAUCACUUUAAUUUACCGUGCAUUUAAUUUCUCUACCUCUCUUGUAAAUUCUUUUUGGUUUUUAGAAUUGCAAUCAUUUCCAUGCAGGAGAGGUCCUCUCAAACAUAAGAUCAAAAGGAAAGAACAAGCUGUUUGAUGAAAAAGGGGUAUUUGGAAGGGUUUGUCGUCAUGACUUCCCAAAAGGAUUUAUUAGCAUCAAAUAUGGCGAGCGGUAAGGAAAUGAAUAUAGCAAAUCCAGUGUAAGUACGUGACCUUAAAAUAUCACUUGAGUUACUCCAUGCACUUUCCUUUGCACAUGUGCUUUGGCCCCUUUGCAGGCUGUACAGUUUUACAUAUAAAGACAAAUUUUAAUAGCCAAUUUAAUAGACAUGGAUUUAUUGAUAUGUAUGUACCUGUGUCUCCUUGACAAUAAUUUUUUUCAUGCUCUCCUUUAUGUUUAUUAGAAUUUCCUAUUCAGUAUAUGAAAUUCAAAGGCUUCAAGAAAUGAAAAAGGAAAAUGUGCAACUCAUUGUGAUGUAUGAUGUUGCAUGCAUUUUGUCCAAACAUCUUAAGGUACCACUAUAUUGUCUUGCUUUGUUGUACAAUGUUCAUCUCUGUUGGUGUACCAAAAUAUUAUAGACAUACACUUUAUAUAUUUGUCUUCACAUUUUGAUGUUUAUAUUUUAGCUUAUUUUAUUUUAUUCUCUUUUAUUGUUUUUGAUCUUAGAAUAAUCCCAAACACUCAACUCUGGUACAAAUCCCACUAGCCAUCCCUAUAUUCCACUGUUAUGGGCAUAAGGCUUCGUGUCAGGUAUGAAAGUGUGGAAAAAAAUUAACAGUGAAACUGGUCGUUUAAGGCACCAGCUUCCGAAUUAAAAGAAUUCACUUGUUUUUGGCAUAGCACUGGCAGGGGGUUUUGUAUUAAAUUUUUCCAUUAUAACACGUAGCAGUUAUUAUUUUGAGGCUUAAAUUAUAUUUUACAUAAAGAAAACUUAGAACACUAAUGGCACAGACCUGUAAGUAUAUAUGCAGCGACAUUGGAACAUUACGUUCUUCUUGCACCAAUGAGCUACAUGUAGGUAGCAUUAUCCUGCUAUCCCACGUUAACAUCCAUAUCGGUUUUAUAUUUUAUCAAUUGAGGCACUGUUAUGCAUUUGUGUAAUGAAAACGUUCAUGCUUGGACCCAUUUAAUUUACAGGUUCAGUUUAGUCCACGCAGGACAACAGGUGUUGGCCUAACUGAUGGUGAAGGGACAGAGAGACUGUGGUCGUUCCUUCGCGGCUUCUCGGCAAUAACUAAAGAGAUGACUCCAGAAAAGAGAAUUGACACCUUGACAGAUGGUCUUUUACUUUAUGGCAAGCGAAUUGUCAAAAAGCUAGGUCUGUUUUAGAAUGACUUUCUAAAGCAGUUUUUAUCAUAAAUUUUUCUCUUCUUUUUCCUGUAAAGGGAAUACAUAUUUCAGUUACUGUUCCGUCUAAUUACAGCUGUAGCAUACAUGCAAGUGACAAAUUGGACAUAUUUAACAUUAAUUUAGAUAAUCCAAUAACUUACACUUUAAUGUACCAAUUAUAAUAUUAUUGUAUCUCUUCCUGUUCAGAUUUUUCAUCUUUAUUCAUAGACUACAUACACAUGUACCUGUUUAAAAACAUGAAGGCAUUGUACAGAUGUAUUUAAAAUGAAUUUGGUUGAUAACAUGAUGAGCCUUUUUUGCAAUGUGUUUGUCUUUUUUUGAUACACCUUUAAGAUUUAUACAUAAUGUUUCAUAAGGUCCUGUUUUGAAAGCGAAACACUUGAAGGCAAAAGAAUUGUUGAGAAAGUCUUCCAAAGAGCUUGAGGAGAUUUUUAAAGGUUUGCCAGGUAUUGCUGUCUUUUGAUUUUAACUUUUAAAGCAAUCUCUUAGUGUACCAUACUUUCAUAUCUUAUUAAUUAGUAUUUAGGUUUUGGUUGGGAGGCAGGGUCCGAUUCCCUGGUGAAGUUCAUUGGUUAGCUGGCUCCGUCUGAAGGUCCCCUCUUCCUUUUGGCAGUCUUUUUAUCCAGUCUACGAAUUUCCCCUUUCUCAUGUUCUGUUCUGUUUUCCUUUUUGCCCUUCCUUUUUCUUCUUUUCCUCAGUCGUGGUUUGCAUUGCUUAUAAGUAUUGCACUUGCCAGCUGCCCUAGGACAACCAAAAUAACAAACAAACUUUCAUUAUAGUUCCUUAUCAGCAUGAAACUAUUCAGCAAUGGAAGCAAAUGGAAGAGAGUGCUAUCGAUCCUGUGGAGACAGGUAUGAUUGUUGCAUUACUGCCACUGCUUCGUUUCCGACCCACUUUGUUGGUAUCUGCGCUUUUUUCUAUUACUUCUUAGUUCUUUGAAGUCUCCAAAUCUAAUUAUUAUUUGUCCUUCUAUAUUGUCACAAACUAAAGAAAAAAAAUCGUGAUUGAAGUUGCGAGAGUCCUCAACGAAAUUUUUGCAGUACAGUGUUCUUGGUAGUUGUAGCUUCACUUGACAUCUACAUUCAAGUGACUUCUCCGUUUUACUAUUGAUAUAGUGCUCGCCAAAGAAUGGGAUGAACUGUACGUGGAGCUGCUACUCACAACGCAAAGCAUUCGGUAAGUGUAACUAGGUUCUGUUAAUUUCUUGUCUCCCUCAACAACAGCAAACACUCCCCUCCCCCGGCCUCCAACACACACUCACACCCCACGCACCCACGCACACAUCACAUUGUCCAUUGUAAUGUUGGGUACAUGAUUUUGGAUCGGAUAAAUUGUCUUAUCAAUGAGUAACAUUGUAACGUAUGAAUGGAAACUCUCGGGUUUCAAACUGGUCGAAUAUAACUGGAUGAUAACUCUUAGUAUCUUAUGCAGUAAGUGAUACACUCUGUAAGUGAUGUAUAGUUGAUAAAACUAGUCUAUAUUUUGAUAAUAAUGUUUAUUUUAGAAAUGACCUUGUUUAUGCUGAGUCAGAUGAAGAUGAUCGACUUGAUGAAACUCAACGCAAGCUUGACCGGUUUGUUUAUAUUUUUGUUAUAUCAAUAGUUGUAUAUCUGUACGAGUUUUCAAGGCCACCUAUAACUACGUCAAUUGAAAUUUGAAUUGAUGAAUCCUUGCACAUUCGUCCUUAAACUUUGUAAAAUAAAAAGAAAAUGAGAUAAUUUGGUGCACUGCAGUAGCUGUUAGCAAAACCGUAACUGCUAUCAACCCAUAUUAUUUUACAAGGAAUUUGAAACGAUUGGACACCAUGGAAAGAAAGCACGGAGUAAGACAGCGUUGGAAGGAGUCUGAUUCACAUUUCCAAGGAGCAAGGCGACGUCUUGAAGAAAAAAAUCGAAGUCGACAAAUUUUACAACUCCACAAGCUGGCGUCGGAACGAACUUUUUUAUUGGAAAUGAAGAGGAAAUACGCUGGUACCUAAACCUAUUUUGUGAUCUAUUUCACGGUCUUACACUAAUUGUUUAUCAGUUUUGCAGGAGCUAAAUACAUAAGGUCCCUUCAAUUUUUCUGCAGUUAUGAACGUGGCCAAAUGAAUUCUUUGACGAAGCUACUAUACAGAGAGUGGAAUUUUUUUUUUGAAGUGCAGAAUACACGUUAAUGAAGUCAAUUAUCUCUCCAGAUUUACCCUGGGAGUGGUUUGGGUAUUGUAGGUGUCAUUUCUGAAUCCAAGUUUUGUUAAAAUGGCCUCUUCUUUCUCCCAACUUAUUGUUCUUAUGUUUUCUGUUUCAUUAUUAUUAGUCACUAAUAAAACCUCCUUUUUAUCUUGUAUGUAGAUGGUCAAGCCAUUGCAAUUAAACUGUCAAAGCAAAUAACAAAAGUUACCGAGAACAUGAAAAGGACGAUCACCUGCCACAAUGUUCUUCCUGGAGUUACUGCCUUAACGUUCGAUGAUGUAAAGGACCCGUCAUCUGAUUUGUACUCCAACUUUCAAACCUCAACCCCUUCGGGGCACGCCGUGGCGAAUGCAACAAGACGGAAGGUGAUUGAAUUACAUUGCCUGAAGGAGAGAUGUGAAGAGGAGAUCUCCCUAAUAAAAGUUGAAAUGUUACGUCUCCUAGCUUUUCUUGAAAAACAGAUGGAAGUUACUACUAUGGCCGCAAACGCGAAAGUGGCAGACGAACCGUUAGAACUUGGGUUAAAAUCCUUACUUCUAUUAAGACGGGCGGAAUAUACUAAGAAGCUCCAAGCGUUGAAAACACUUUGGGUGGGGCUAGUUGAUAUUCCUACAAACCACAAUCAAGUCAUUGAUUACCACCAGUUCCUUGAUGACAACGUAGUGUCCAGCGGGGAUACACCUUUGGCAGAUGUCGAGGACUCUGACGACGACUCUGCCUCUGAUUAUGAUAGUGACGAAUAAGUUAUAUUAAGUCGGCACUUUGUUAAUGGCCUGCAAUAUAGGUGCUUACGAGUACGUAGAUUUACGCUGGUUAAGAUUGUGUACAAGUAAAUACACCGUAGAACAAAAGGGCUUUACAGUUGGUGCAAAAGACUUACUGCCCCUAGUCCAAUCAAGGUGGCCCGGGAUCCAGUCUCGGCUGAGACGUCAUUUAUUUACCGUAAAUCCUCUAUUAACCCCCCUUAAAUAUGCCCCUCCCUCAAAUUAGCCCCUCCUUUUGAGGGGAAGAAAGUUAAUACGCCCCCCUCCCCUCCCCUAAUCAUUCUUCGCCACUAAAUGAGAGACUGUCUUAAUCAUUCAAGACUGCAAAACUUCGUUUGAAGUGAUCCGGGAUGUUUCCUGAAACUCUGGACCUCUGCUUCAUAGCCUCCCACCUUCUUGUUCUUGAGUGUCUCCACUUUGUAUUCUUUGUAUUCAAAUGAGCUUGAAAGAAUUAAGCCCCGGGGGGUAGGGGCUUAAUAGAGGAUUUACGGUAUGUGGGUUGAGUUUGUUGCGGGUUCUCGUCCUUGCUCCGAGGGGUCUUUCUCUGAGUAAUCCAAUUUUUUCUCCUCCAACGUGGCCAUUACCAAAUGUCAAUUCGGUCAGGAAGGGUAGAGGAAUAUCAAAUGCGUGGAUGUGUUACCUAUAAUUUUUUUAUCUAGUUAUUUACAGAAACGUACACAGACAAAUGCCUAAGUAGUCUCGGCACGCUCAUUCGUGGCUUUGUCUCAGUCUGGUUCGCAAGCGGCGUGGAAUAGAUUUGUGGAAAAAACCAAGAGAACGUCACUGGGUCAUAAAUAAAAUGUGUGCAUGGAUCUGGUGUUUCCAUUCUUGAUGUGCCAAAAAAUGGCAAUCUAACGAGGUUACACCCCUGCAAGCCCUUUGUCCUAAGUUUACGACUCCUUUUGGGAAAAAGUCUCUACCUGAUACGCAUAAAGUACAAAAAAAAAAACAUCUUUCACCCUUUUGUGCGGACUAGUUCACUAUUCUGAAAAGUUACUUUUGCGAGUCCUUUUGGGGAAAAGUCUCGACCUGAUACGCAUAAAGUGUGACAAAAAAACCCAUCUUUCACCCUUUUGUGCGAACUAGUUCACUAUUUGGGGAAUUUCUGGUCAGAAUUUACCUUUGCGAGUCCUUUUGGGGAAAAGUCUCGAGCUGAUUCGCAUAAAGUAGAAAAAACCCCAUCUCUCACCCUUUUCUGCGAACUAGUUCACAGUUUGGGGGAUUUCUUGUUAAAAGUUACCUUCGCGAGUCGUUUUGAGGAAAAGUCUCGACCUGAUUCGCAUAAAGUAGAAAAAACUCCUUCUUUGACCCUUUUGUGCGAACUAGUUCACCAUUUGGGAGAUUUCUAGUGAAAAGUUAUCCUCCCCGAGUCGUUUUUAGGAAAAGUCUCGACCUGAUUCGCAUAAAGUAGAAAAAACCCCAUCUCUCACCCUUUUGUGCGAACUAGUUCACAGUUUGGGGGAUUUCUUGUUAAAAGUUACUUUUGCGAGUCCUUUUGGGGAUAAGUCUCGACCAGAUACGCAUAAAGUAGAAAAAACCUCAUCUUUGACCCUUUUGUGCGAACUAGUUCACUAUUUCGGAGAUUUCUAGUGAAAAGUUACCUUCGGUAGUCCUUUUGGGGAUAAGUCUCGACCAGAUACGCAUAAAGUGGAAAAAACCCCUUCUUUGACCCUUUUGUGCGAAGUAGUUCACCAUUUGGGAGAUUUCUAGUGAAAAGUUACCUUCGCGAGUCGUUUUGAGGAAAAGUCUCGACCUGAUUCGCAUAACUUUAGAAAAAACCCCUUCUUUGACUCUUUUGUGCGAACUAGUUCACUAUUUCGGAGAUUUCUAGUGAAAAGUUACUUUUGCGAGUCCUUUUGGGGAAAAGUCUCGACCUGAUUCACAUAAAGUAGAAAAAACCUCAUCUUUGACUCAUUUGUGCGAACUAGUUCACUAUUUCGGAGAUUUCUAGUGAAAAGUUGCCUUCGCUAGUCCUUUUGGGGAUAAGUCUCGACCAGAUACGCAUAAAGUAGAAAAAACCCCUUCUUUGACCCUUUUGUGCGAAGUAGUUCACUAUUUCGGAGAUUUCUAGUGAAAAGUUACCUUCGCGAGUCGUUUUGAGGAAAAGUCUCGACCCGAUACGCAUAAAGUAGAAAAAACCUCAUCUUUGACCCUUUUGUGCGAAGUAGUUCACUAUUUCGGAGAUUUCUAGUGAAAAGUUACUUUUGCAAGUUCUUUUGGGGAAAAGUCUGGACCUCAUUCGCAUAAAGUAGAAAAAACCUCAUCUUUGACUCUUUUGUGCGAACUUGUUCACUAUUUGGGGGAUUUCUUGUGAAAAGUUACUUUUGCGAGUUCUUUGGGGAAAGGUCUCGACCUGAUUCGCAUAAGGUGGAAAAAACCCCAUCUUUGAUCCUUUUGUGCGAACUUGUUCACUAUUUGGGGGAUUUCUUGUGAAAAAUUACUUUUGCGAGUUCUUUGGGGAAAAGUCUCGACCUGAUUCGCAUAAAGUAGAAAAAACCCCAUCUUUGACCCUUUUGUGCGAACUAGUUCACCAUUUGGGGAAUUUCUUGUCAAAAGUUACUUUGCGAGUCCUUUUGGGGAAAAGUCUCGACCAACUAGUGGUCUAUUAUCAAUGCUGCUUUCUGAUUGGUUGAGCUACUACUAAGCUAUAUGUUAUAGCCCACUAGUAGCGAAAAGCGCCGGCUUUGAAAACCAAAACAAUGGCGGCCGGAUCGCGUUUUUCUAGCUAAGGUCGUUGUUUCUAGAUAUUUUUGACCAACUACCGGUAGUUGGAUUUUACUAAAACAGUUAUUUCUCUCGCCCUCAAGGCCUCUGAGUAAUAAUUAAUCUGAGUAAUUUUUAAAUAUUUAAUCAAAAGAACAUAACACUUUGUUGAAUUCUAUUACUCUCUUUAUUUCUCAUUUCUGGUAAUUUUUUUAAAAUAAUUAUACCAAUUAUUACAAUUUAUCAUGUUCCAGAUAUUUCGUGUUCCAGGAUGUUCCGGAAUGGUCCAUUGUCCAUGUUCCAUGUUCCAUGUUCCAUGUUCCUGAUUUUAAUGACGGCCUGGUAACACGUGGAACCCAAGUGAAAAUCCACAGUUUGUUUGAAUGCAUUCAACACUUACGUUCCUCUAGUUUCCUGCUUCGAUCCACCCAUGGCACCUGUCAAAUCACACGGAAAGAAAAAUGCAGCACAGGUUAGAAGAACUUAUCGCAAAAGUGUGUACAACGUAAGUAUCAUUCUGAGACCUAUUCGGCUAAUUAUAACUCAAUGUCGUAUACCCAAUUCAAAUCUCCGGGGGUUAAGAUUCUUUGUGUAUUGUAUCUGCAUUAUAAUGUGGCAUUCACAUUGAAAUGAUAUGGAAAUUCCUGAAACAAAACGUUUUAUUCCCAAAGGGGUUGAGUUGGGUACAACAUUGAGUUAGCCGAAUAGAUCUAAAUUGUAGUUUUAUCUCGUGCUGUAAAUGUAACGCAAGUUUUCGGUCUUAAUGAAGGAAAAUACAAAGGCAGGAGAUACAAUAUGAUACAGAAACAAUUCUUAUUAUUGCCCUUGUCCUUUUUUCUGACAAAAACUGGUUGCGUGUACUUCAUGAGUCAAUAAAAUAUAACAUGACUGCUGACGCGCUCAAAAUCCGAUGUUGACCCAUUGUUCUCAAACUCAUUAAUAAUUCAUUAAGAAAAUACAAAGGAAAUUAAUGUUUAAUGAGUGUUUGGAAAUUGGAUGAAACACUGCUUAGUAUUUGCAUCCUUAAUUUCUCCUUCAAAAAUGAUUUUGUUUGAGAAGAAACACCUCGAAGUUCGUCAAAAAUACUCCGCUGCGCGUCGUAUUUUCAACUCUCUUCUCGGUGUUUCAUCUGGUGAUGAAACACUGCAUCUCAUGUCUGAUAUAUUACAUGUGGAAUACUGAUUGACCGUUUGAAAAAGAUGACGCUGUUCCUUGGGCGAAUUCGUUUGCAGGUAUAAUUUACCAGAUCAGCUAUGGCUUUACUUUUAUAGAACUGGCUCAUGGAUCUGCUUACAAACCAUGAUCAACUUAGCUUUUGGGCCUUGAAUUCUAUGGGAAGCGAAUAUUGUAAAUGGCCUGUGGACCCUGGACCCUGGACCCUGGACCCUGGACCCUGGACCCUGGACCCUGGACUCCUUCUACGAAAAAAAAAAAAAUUCCCAUCCUAAAGAAAUCCUAGGACACCCUCUCCAUCCAAAGCAAAUGAGGACCCCUAAAAACAAAGAGAAAUGAGAUAAUUAAACAAAGAGGAGAACUGGCCUUUGUAAGGCACAUUCAAUUUCAGUGGCCAAACCCGGAGAAAAGAAUAUGACCUGGCUGCAUGAAAAUGUCGCCAGAUCACAUCAACACCCUCCUGUACCCUCCGUUAAGGCUCUUUUUGUUUGUUUUUUCAUUGGCAACAGGUUAAAAGCAUAUGCAAGUCGAAUUGUGGACUUUGUAAGGUAGAGAAAUGCAGAAAAAGGGGUCAGUUUUUUAAAAGGCUGGACAAACAUCUUGCAAGGGUCCAUCCAGAAAUAACAGAGCGCCAGCACAACAACCUUCCUCAAGUC